GGAGGCGGGGGGCGCGCUGCGGCGGCUGCGGCAGAGGGGCCGAGAGCUGGCGGCGGCGGCGGUGGUCGUGAAGGGCAUCGGCGGCGGCGGUGAUGGCAGAGAUGAUCUGAAGAUGGAAAGAGCCAGGCGAAGGGGAGGCGGCGGCGGCGGCCGCGGCCGCGGAGGCAAGAAUGUGGGGGGCUCUGGCCUAAGCAAGAGUAGACUCUAUCCCCAGGCCCAGCACUCCCACUACCCCCACUACGCGGCUCCAGCCACCCCUAAUCAGGCCGGGGGCACAGCCGAAAUCCAGGAGCUGGCCUCCAAGCGAGUGGACAUCCAGAAAAAGAGGUUUUACCUGGACGUGAAGCAGAGCUCCCGGGGCCGGUUCCUCAAGAUAGCCGAAGUCUGGAUAGGGAGAGGCCGGCAGGACAACAUCAGGAAGAGUAAGCUGACCCUCUCCCUGUCGGUGGCAGCCGAGCUGAAGGACUGUCUAGGGGACUUCAUCGAGCACUACGCCCACCUGGGCCUAAAAGGCCACCGGCAAGAGCAUGGCCACAGCAAAGAGCAGAGCUCCAGGAGGAGACAGAAGCACUCCGCACCCUCCCCGCCAGCCUCGGUGGGGUCGGAGGAGCAUCCUCACAGUGUCCUCAAAACGGACUAUAUAGAGAGGGAUAAUAGGAAAUAUUACCUAGACCUGAAGGAAAAUCAACGGGGUCGCUUCCUAAGGAUUAGACAAACCAUGAUGCGGGGGACUGGCAUGAUAGGUUACUUUGGCCACAGUUUGGGCCAAGAACAGACGAUUGUCCUCCCGGCACAAGGAAUGAUUGAGUUUCGUGAUGCCUUGGUUCAGCUGAUCGAAGACUAUGGCGAAGGGGACAUAGAAGAACGCAGAGGUGGAGACGAUGACCCGCCUGAACUCCCAGAGGGGACUUCAUUCAGAGUGGACAAUAAAAGGUUCUACUUUGAUGUGGGCUCUAAUAAAUAUGGAAUUUUCCUGAAGGUAAGUGAGGUGAGGCCACCUUACCGUAAUACUAUUACUGUUCCAUUCAAAGCUUGGACAAGGUUUGGGGAGAAUUUUAUCAAGUAUGAAGAAGAGAUGAGGAAAAUUUGCAACAGCCAUAAAGAAAAGAGAAUGGAUGGCAGAAGGGCCAGUGGUGAAGAACAAGAAUGCCUCGACUAGAGUGAAAUUGAACUCCAUCAGGCAAAAUUUUAAAUCAUAAAUUGGCUAAAAGUACUGAUUCAUAAUCAUUCGAAGAAGUUUUUCCUCUUUUUUGGCCCUUUGUUAUUAGUAAUACCUCUAGUAGUUUAUACUUCAAGAAGUCUUUACUCUCAUGUUACGUUGACACAUAGAUCACUAAAAUUCUUAUGGGAAUUCCAACCUUCCCAGAGCUAAAUAGUUUAGCUGCUUCAGCUGCUCCAGACUAUUGAAGUAUACAAAUCAGCACAAAAUGUGACAUUCUGACAUUCUAAAUACCUAACUUAAGAUUUACAUUGCACUAUGACAUGAUCCUAAAAAAAAGAUACAUAUACUUAAAUGAAAGUGUGAAUUUCUAUUUAACAAGUUCCCCAAAAAGCAUUUCAUUCCAACUUCAUUAAAAGCUGCUAAGCUUACCUGUAGGACAGUUACCACAGAAACAGAAAUUGACCUCAAGUAUAUAUAAAUAUAUUUAUUUAUAAAAAGUACAAAUAGAAAUAUAUCAUCUAUUGGAUAACUGAAUAUUAAACAAUACCAUUAAUGGGUCAAAUCUCAUUAUCUAAACCUUAAAAAUACAGUGUCAUAAUAUUUCUUAAGAGUUACUAUAUAGUAUUUUAUAAUUUCAAAUUUUGUGGUAACCCUACAGUUUUUAGUUACCAUAUCAGAGCCAUGGGAGAAUUUUAAUUGGUCAUUCUAAGCUAGUUACAAUCCCAUCUUCACCUAUUAUACUAUAUAUUUUUAUUGACUUUACAAAGUUUCAGGAAUUACUUUUAUGUCACUAUUGAGUGGGAGGCUUCACCCAAUGGCUUUGCUAUGGAAAUCUUGGUGUUUUAGCCUUUCAUGCUAAUUUGAAGAUUGUGAGAGAUUUUUCCCAAAAUAUAUCUCAGACUCAAGGUGUUAUA